AUGGUUUCUUGUGCUUCAGGAGUUUCUUUCAGGCUCACUGGUUUUUAUGGGUUUCCUCAACGCAGUAGAAGGAGGAAUUUCUGGGACUUGUUAAUCUCACUUUCUCCUAUUUGGUCAGGCCCUUGGGUUUGUAUUAGAGAUUUUAAUGAUCUUCUCAACCCAGAUGAUAAGCUUGGAGGUGGGGAUCAUCCUAAUUAUUUUUUCCAAGGUUUCCAUAAUGCUGCUGAUUGUUGUAAUUUUUCUGACAUUCUGUUACAUGGGUAUCCCUUUACUUGGGAAAGAGGCAAAGGUAGUUCUCAUUGGGUGCAAGAGAGACUUGAUAGAGCUCUUGCUAAUCUGAAUUGGCUUGAUUAUUUUCAUAAUUGUCGAUUAUCCAAUCUAUCUCACUCAGUGUCUGAUCAUUCUCCUAUGUUCCUUUACUUUGAGUUUAGGUGGUUUUCUUUUAAGAGAGGUCGGUUCAAGUUUGAAAUUGCCUGGUUGAUUAAUAAUGAUUUGAAGGAAGUGGUUAGGAAGUAUUGGGUUUCUUCUUCUGGUUCUUUGUUGCAUUGUCUUCAUGGUUGUGGUACUUAUCUUAAAGACUCGAGUAAAAGUUUGCAUGGGAAUUAUAGGCAGUUGAUUGCAAGGAAAAAGGAGCAACUGGAUUGCAUUAGGAGGAUGAAUGAUGCAAAUUCUGGUGCCUUGUUCGCUUCUAUUAAAAACGAGCUUAAUUCUCUAAUUGCCCAGGAAGAAGCUUAUUGGAAAUAG